GUGGACGCGGAUACUAAGGUACUACCCGAUGCAUUGACUUAUAUGGUAGCUGCCAUGGCAAACGAUAUUACCAUUAUGGGUCUCUGCGGUGAAACAAGAAUUGCAAACAAGAGAGCAUCAUUCACGACGGCCAUUCAGGUCUUUGAAUACUACAUCUCACAUCACUAUGCUAAAUCAUUUGAAUCUCUCUUUGGUAUUGUCACUUGUCUGCCAGGCUGCUUCAGUAUGUAUCGUAUCAAGUCCCCCAAGAACGGCGCAUGGGUGCCCAUCUUGGCCAAUCCAGAUAUUAUUCUUGAAUAUAAUCAAAAUGUUGUCACAACGUUGCACGAAAAGAACUUGCUCUUGCUCGGUGAAGAUCGUUUCCUGUCAACACUCAUGCUCCGUACGUUCCCUAAGCGACAAAUGAUGUUUGUCCCUCAGGCUCGCUGUAAGACUGUAGUUCCUGACGAGUUCAAAGUCCUCUUGUCUCAACGUCGUCGAUGGAUCAAUUCGACCGUGCAUAACCUGAUGGAACUUGUCCUUGUAUCUGAUCUCUGUGGUAUUGCCUGUUUAUCCAUGCAAUUCUCUGUCUUUGUCGACUUGAUUGGUACCUUGGUCUUGCCUGCUGCUAUCGUCAUGACUAUCUAUCUGAUCAUAGACACAGCCGUCUCCAGUAACCCUCAAUGGCAAUCGUUGGCCUUAUUGAUCGUCAUUCUCGGUCUUCCUGCCGUCUUGAUCGCUAUUACUACCUUUAAACUCAUCUAUAUUCUCUGGAUGUUUGUGUACAUCAUUGCCUUACCCAUCUGGAAUUUGAUUUUGCCUUUAUAUUCCUUCUGGCACUUUGACGACUUCUCCUGGGGCGCUACUCGUGUCGUAGCAGGCGAAAAGAAAGACAAGGGCCACGGUGACGCUGAAGGUAAAUUUGACCCAUCUCGAUUGGUGAUGAAGAAAUGGGAGGACUGGGAAUCAGAACGCACAGGCCAAAAGUUUAACAAAAAGAUGACCUUAAAAACACCACUUGAUUCCCCUUCAGCCUUUGAUGGCAAGAACACGGUGACGCCAACGACGGCAUCUCCGUUUGGUAGUAUAUUUAAUGAUAGAAAGAUGUUUGGUGCCUCACCUGUGUCGUCUACGACCAAUAUUGCUUAA